AUGGUCCCGGUGCUCCUGAACAUACCUGCGGCCACAGUGUUCUUGCUGGGCUGCAUGUGUGCGGUGCCGCUGCUGCAGGGCCAGAGGCCGGCUCACGGAGACCCCUUGACGGCCCACCACUCUGACCCGCAGUGCUGGGACCAUUCCUCGGCUCUGCUGCUGGAGAUGCGCUCCCCGAGGAUCGCUGACACCGUGCCCGGCUUCUGGGACAUGAUGCUGGUCCUUAGGUCGUCAGACAACGGCAAACACACGGCGCUGUUCUGGGACCUGGCCCGGGUUUUCUGGGACGUUUACCUGGACUGCGUUCUCUCCAGGAGUCACGGCCUGGGGAGGAGACACAUCCCCGCCUUACACUCCCUCAUCACUGACAAGUUCUUUAGAUUCAACAGCUCAGGAACCAUCUCAGGGCGGUGGCUCAGUUUCAGAUGGAGACCAAGAAGACACAUCAAGACCCUGAAGAGCAAACCCAAAUCAAACCAAAACUACCACAAAUAAUUAAUAUUAUUUCCAGGUUUAUUCAUAUUUUCUUUGCCCCCCACAUGUGUCUCUCAACAGCAUUUUUCAUAGACACAUUUUGUUAGUGGGAAUGCACAAAUAAAAUUGGCAGGAUAGAGGCCUCAACCCAAUCCAUCAUUGUUAAAGAUGAGGGAGGCUGUUUCAAAAAUGCACUGCGAACCACAGC